GCACGUAAGUCUUUAAUAGUGUAACGCAAGUACGUCACUCGCACAAGAGUGUCCAUUCCUGCACCGUCGGAGGGCGACACAUGCGCGGUUUCGAUUUUCGGAUUCUCACAGGCGCGCUCACCGCGACCCUCCCUCACGGCUGCUGCGCACUCCUUCUCCGAUAAGGGAAGCGAGCAGCCCAGCACCCACUCGCGCGGUGUCGCGCUGGCUCGGGAUGCGGCCCGGCGGCAAGCGCUCGCGGCGGCACACCCCGCGCACGAAAUGACUACAACGACCACAACCCAACCCGCUGCUUCUCGAUCCGGCCCCGCCCUGCGUUCUCAGACGACACCAUGACGUCCGACUCGGUCGGUCAAGUCGCUACCGCCACCGUCCAGCGCAAGAGCCUACUCCGCGCGCUCCGUAGUCGCCGUCGUGCGUCUAGGCCAAGCUGACUUCUUCACUACCGCUUCUGACUGGGGGAUCGUGCGUGACGACGUGAACGUGGUCAGAGGGGGGCAGAGUGAUUCCGUGCGUUACUCGGGAAGGCGUGCGCGCGUGUGUGAGAGCGUCCGUGGCGCUUCCGGGUCUCUUCCCUGCGCGACAUCGGCCGGGGGUUCCCCGAUGGGGGAAACGCGACCGCCGGCGUGUCUCCUCCUGACUUGGCGGCGGCACUGGUGGCGGAGCGGGCCAACCUCGCCGCAUUCGUCGUCGCGGGCUAGCGUGCUGCCGACGACCCGGCGAGUGGUGGCGGCGAUCAAUACGGCUCGGAGAAGAAAGACGGCCGGCCGCGGUUGUUGAGGGGCCGUGCGACGAGUAAAAGCGAGCGGGAAGAAGGUGGUCGCGAUGCACCUGCACUUCGAGCGGAGCUGGUCGUCGCGCACCGACUGCUCGGUGCUGUCGCUCACGUGGAUGGGCAAGGUGCCCGACGAGCUGCCCGAGGAGGACGGCUGGCGACUGAACCGCGUCAACUACUACCAGGACGGCUGGUUGGCGUCCGGCAACGCGCGCGGCAUCGUGGGCGUCACCUUCACCACAUGCCAUUGCCGCAAGACGGCCGAGCACCCUCAGCGAACAAACUACAACCUCCGCGGUCACCGGUCCGAGGUGACGCUGGUCAAGUGGAACGAGCCGUACCAGAAGCUGGCGUCGUGCGACAGCAGCGGCGUGAUCUUCGUGUGGAUCAAGUACGAGGGGCGCUGGUCCAUCGAGCUCAUCAACGACCGCAACACCCAGGUGACCGACUUCGCCUGGAGCCACGACGGCCGCAUGGCGCUCAUCUGCUACCGCGACGGAUUCGUGCUCGUCGGAUCGGUGGCCGGCCAGCGGUACUGGUCCUCCACGCUGCACCUGGACCGCGCGGCCGUGCUGUGCGGCAUCUGGACGCCCGACGACCACCAGGUGUUGUUCGGCACAUCGAACGGCCAGAUCCUGGUGAACGACAUGCACGGUGAGCUGGUGGCUCAGGUGACCCUGAACGAGGAUGCCGCCAUCGUUGCCAUGGCGUGGUCCUGCGAGAAAUUCAAGAUGGAAGAGGCAGACGACGACAACCGAACAGCGGCGGCCUCCAGUGGAGACGCCUCCUCCGUCCCGCCCGCACAGGCCCCCGAAUCCAAGAUAUCCGUCCUGGCCGUAUGCUUCAGCAACGGAGCCAUUCAUGUCAUGAAGAAUUACGACGACAUCUCGCCUACCAUCAUCAACACCGGUCUGAAAGACAUCAAAGUGGAGUGGUCUAACAGCGGCGAAGUGCUUGCUGUAGCCGGCGUCGAUUCAGAGUCUACCGACGGAGACUGCCGGAACCGCAUCCACUUCUACACGGACGCAGGGCUGCUUCGUUUCGUAGCUGCCAUACCAUACACACAGAGCCCAGUGACGGCCCUGACGUGGGGUCACAACGACAAGAGGCUGUUUGUGGCCACGGGCAGCGUGAUCCACAUUGGCUGGGUGACGCGGCGGAUGGCCUCGCUGCAGCUGCUGUCCCGGUUAACGCUGCACCGGGCACUCAGGGACGAGGCGGCUGUGCACACGCUCCCUUUGCCGCGAAGGUUGCGAGCCCUGGUUGCCAACCUCUUCGGGCAGACCGUCAAGUGCUACCUACCGGAGGCGCACCAACUGCGCGAGUUUGUGUCCCGUCCGCACCACGUGCGUCUGCACUGCACCAUGGUGCGCCACGACACCGAAGACCUGGUGUCGGGCAGCGCCACUUACACCCUGUUCCUCGAGUACCUGGGCGGCCUGGUGCCGCUACUGAAAGGCAAGCGUGCCUCCAAGCUGCGGCCUGAGUUCGUCAUCUUCGACCCCGAGCAGCCGGCUGGACAGGCCGGCAAUGGCCGCCAGGGGUCGUCCUACGGCCGCAGCUCGCCCGGAUUAAGUGCCGACUCGGGCACCAUGUCUACUAAUUUGAGGGACGCCACAGUUGCCGCGGCCUUGACGUCCGACAGCGACGCGGACGAAGGUUGCGCCUCGUCUCCGGGCCGUCGAAGGAGGGCGGCGCGCAACGCGGCUGCAGCGGACGCAGCUCUCGCAGGCGACGGCAUCUCGCUGUCGUCCCGCGGCGGCUGCGGCGGUGCUGCGCGCCGCGAGCUCCUGUACACGGACGAGCUGCCGGAGCGCGAGAAGAUCGUGGCCGUGACGUCCAACCUCUGGGGCACCAAGUUCAAGGUGCUGGGCCUGGCCCGCUGGCUGCCGGCCACGCUGGGCACGGUCACGUACCGCACCAGCCUGCUGCAUCUGCAGCCGCGCCAGAUGACGCUCCUCAUCAAGGAGCUGCAGGGUCCGCAGCCGCCGACCACCUCCGCCUCCGCCGCCGCCUCCUCUUCCUCCUCUUCCUCUUCGCGCUCGCUCGUCCUCCACAACGGCACCACCGCGGCGGCGGCCGGAUCGGCGGCAGGCUCUGCGGCGCAGGUGGUCGCUGGCUUCUCGGAGGACGAAGACGACGACAUGUGCGACCCCGUGGCGAGCGAGGAGAGCGCGGCGCCCAUCGCCCCGAUGACGCCCAAGAAGCGGUGCGGCAUGGGCCGCAGUCCGGGCCUGCCGGACCCGGAGACCGGCGUGCUGCCCGCCGACGGGGACCAGGCCGUGGCGUGCUGCGCCGGCCGCGGCGGCUGCGGCGACGAGGAGUUCCUGACUCUCGAGACGACGGCCGAGACCGGCGUGCAGCACCUCGCGCUGCGCCAGGCCGGGCGCCGGCCGCAGGGCACCACCAUGUCGCUGCACGCCGACGCCCUGCCGGGCACCUCAUCGUCCGCCUGUCAGGAGGAGGCCGCGUCGCCGUCCAAGAAGCCACAGGCCGAACUCAGGCCCGAGUCGAGGCCCGGGUUGCGGCGCGGCGGAGGGGAGUCGGCCCCCCACAGGUCCGGCGCGGGCCCCGGGGCGGCAGGCGUCCGGCACCUGCUGGACCCGGUGCCCCGCUGGGCGGACAAGGCCGCCGAGCUCAAGUACAUCGACGACGAGCAGCCCGACGAGGGCGUCGUCGGCGACGUGGCCUCGGUGCUGCUGCUCAGCCACCACCGGAACCGGAGCAGCAUCGGGCCGCCCAACGCCGACUUCCUGGUCGGCGACCCGCGGAGCCGCGGCUGCGACGCCCGCCGGCUCACCCUGCGCUCGGGCUCGCCGGCACCGCAGCAGCAGCAGAGCGCGCACGGCGUGGCGCAGGCGUCUUCCUCCUCCACCGGCUCCAGGGGCUGCGACGACGCGGCCGAAGUGGCGCGCGCGCUCCUCGCCGAGAAGCUCCAGCACAGACACAACGAGGAGCCAGCCUGCGUGUGCGAGGCAUCUCAGAACUCCUCGCCGGCCACGGCGCGCAAGCAGCGCUUCGUCGAGGAGAACCCGUUCGUGUGCACCACCACCUCCGCGGACUGCGGCGGUGCCUCGCUGGCCAUUCACGCGGCGGGCAGCUCGCGUGGCACCGCGCCGGGCAACUCGCUGUCUCCGCAACCGGCGCUGUGCAGCGGUGCCUCCGAGGACGAAGGAAACCGGACGACGAGCCGCGAGAGCACGCCGUCGGCGAGCCCGUGCCGCCAGCCCCGACGACACCGGGGGUCGCUGCCGAUACCCAGUGCAGCCGGUGGCGGUGCGUCCACGCCAGGGCUGGGCGCCGUCGGCGCGGGCGACGAGAGCGGCGGCUCGGCGCCGUCAUCGCCGGCGCUGAGCCGCAGCAUCCCGUCGUCGCCGGUGUCCGGCCGCAAGAGCCGGCAGCAGCAGCUGCGCACGCUGCUCUACAGCCCUCUGCUGCUGCGCAAGGUGCGCGGCGGCCGCGGGCAGCGCAGCGGCGCCGUCCUGGACAGCUCGGACGAAGAAGGCGGACAGAGCGGCGAAGAGGUGCUCUCGGACGGCUUCCGCGACCUCGAGAGCAUGCAGAAGGCGCACAUACGCAAGAAGUUGAAGAAGCGCCACGGCAAGGUGCACCAGCAGGAGAUGCUGCCGCCCAGCAAGCCGCCGCCCAUGUACCGCGAGUUUGUGCUGCACAACAAGGCGCCCCUGUGGAACGAAGUGAGCCAGGUCUACCAGCUGGACUUUGGCGGUCGCGUCACCCAGGAGUCGGCCAAGAACUUCCAGAUUGAGUUUAAGGGAAACCAGGUGAUGCAGUUCGGCCGCAUCGACGGGAACGCCUACACGCUCGACUUCCAGUACCCGUUCAGUGCCCUCCAAGCAUUUUCCGUCGCUCUCGCCAACGUAACGCAGCGGCUGAAAUGACACGCUGCGCUCUUCAAGAGGGACCGUUGAACACUUCCCCGUCACAGUGCUCGCUCCACGUCCUUUCUUUUUUCUUUACUCCUUUCUCUCCGAGCGAAAUCUGUCCGCGGUAAUGGAGGCAGGAGAGAAAAGGAAAAAAAUGCCAAGCAGGGCGCUCAACUCAACGAUGUGCAACACGAUGGUCGAAGAGCAACGAAGAAAAGGCCAGAACAGGAGAGCGACGAUGGCCAAAACAGGCGGCGACACUGAAGGGUGAAUGCGAGGAUUUGAAGCGUGAGCUGGCAUUGCGGUGUUCCAGUGUCUGAGAGAAAUGUCCCUGUUCGAGAUAUAUAGUGGACAUCCAGGCAGAGCGAAGAAGCUGCAAACGUUCAAUCGCAAGAGUAGUGCAUCCGGAGCUUCCACCAAAGUGAUCUUUUUUUUUACAUUUCUCUUUAUAUUAUGUUUUGUCUCUAUAAGGAAGCACGCGCUCAAUUUCCUUUUUGUCGAUCGCUGGUGCAUUCUCCUCCUGAGUUGUCCUGAGAAAAGUGUUAGUCGCAAUCUCU